AUGCGAGGGGUUCGAGCCAUCAGCCCUGGCGACUGCCUGCACAAACCAGACUUGUGCUUGGCAGAUGCACAAUUGCGCGCCGUCGGUCUCCGAGCAUCCGCGGCGUGCGGGGCUGGUGCACAUCGAGUGGGCUGCACGCAAACCGCACGUUUCUCCCCUUCCAACGCAUCCCCUUGCUUCGAGAAGUUCCAGUCGGAAGUGCCGUCCCUCCCCACGUGUUCUGCUGUCUCGAUUCGUAGGAAGGUCGAGCCGAUUGACGGCGACGUCGACCGGGUUCCCGACUCUGCCUUCGCCCCUGUGCGUCGCCACAUCUCUCCGUCUGCUGUAUACGCCCCCCACUGCUUCCUUUUCCGCCGUCUCUUCUCGUCACUCUCCUCCACCUUGGCUCUUCCUCGUUCUGCGCGGCCGGCUUCUGCGGCUUCUCACCUGUCCCCUCGAGAGUUCCGGCGGCAGUCGCUCAAGCUUCAAAGACAGAGCACGUUGUUUGCUCAUUUUGCCGAUCUUCCGUACGUCUCUUGGCGGUCUCUUUUACGUCUUCUUCAUCUCCUUUCCGCGAAGCCGGCGCUCGUCCGGGGCGAGGACCUCCGUGCUCUUCCCCUCGUGUGCAAGCGGUUGGGCGUCUCGGACUUUCGGAUCGUCGACCGCGUUCUUGCCGGAGCCGUGGUGCGCCCUUCUUCGAAAUUCUCGUCACCCUUUGGCGUCGUCGGAUCGGAGACAGUGAACGAGGCGAACCUGCGAGCAGGAGAAAGCCACCCAGCCGCGCCAAGCUCCGAGCAGUCGGCUCGCGCGCAUGCAAAGGUGCGGGCCGGGCAGAAACGGCCAUCGUUUUCUCUCUUUGUCGCUUCCUUGGACGACUGGCAAGUGCGACAACAUCCCCACCAUCUCCAUGCACUGCAGCGGCUUCUCGCCGCGAUUUGUGCGAACCUCCACAACUACACGGCUCCAGAUCUGCUGCUUCUUCUCGACGGUCUGACGGCACGGCGCACGGGCCAGGACGGCGACGACGUCGACGUGGAUCAACGCAAGUUUUUGAAGCGCGGCCUGGGGCACGUGCCUGUCGAGGCGCUCGAGGAAUUCGAAGUCACCCUGGGCCUUCUGCUGCUGCAGGUUCGCGCCCGACUCUGCACAAAGCACACAGCUGCGAGUAGGGGAACAGAAGAGGAGAGAGACCACGCCGGUGAAGGGCUGUUCCGGCAGGGCGAGGCUCCGUUGGAUCUGCGAGGUGUGAUCAAGGCGUAUGAGAUCGUCAGCCGCGCGGCGGCGGCCCCGCCAGAGUCCUGGACUUCUUCGUUUUUCUUAGAUGCUCGCGUUCGGGCGGAUUCCGGCGCAGCUGGCGCGCCUCAGCGCGCGACGGCCGAACCGGCAGAAGGACAGCUGACCUUACAGCGUCGCGCGUUUGCAAAGUUCCUCACUGCUUUCCCUGCGGACAAAGUUGGAGAGGAACGGGAAGUCUGUGCCCCCAGAAUCCGUUCCCCCAUCGACGCCGUGGAAGAUCUGCUCUCCCGCUUUGGCGCGAGAAUCCUGGCUGGCGAUUCCGCUUCCACCGCGCUUGACAAGGACGUCGCCCGCGACGCCGUGUCCACUGCUGCUGUCGACGCCGUUUUUCUCGUCCAGGCUUCUUCAGUUGUUGCGGGUUCACAGGCAAGCAGAUUGACUGCCUCCGGAACGCCGGCGUCGAUGCUCUCGGGGCCCGCGGUGUCGUUAGGCGCAGCAGCGAUGGCUCAGGAGAUUUUGCAGCGUGUGGCAGCGAAGAGACUUCCAGUUGAAAAGGACGGAAAAACGUACUGGUGCAGUGCCAGAGAGUUGCUGUCCUCCGAGGUCUCAGAAGAUGUUCGACAGGCGCUCCUGAGAGCGUGCGCUUCGGCUCCUCCGUCCGUGAUCCCGUCCUUCGCGGGGGCGGUGUCGCGUGACUUCCAGACAGACUUCAGAGGAGCACGGCACCUUGGGAUGACAGCCAAUCCACACGUGCCGCGAUUCUUCAGAGGGGUAUCUACCCCGGACGCACUAACUGUAUCGGUGCCCACCUUGGCGGCGGCGCUGCCUUUGUUCUCUCGCUGCGCCGUCUUGGCAGUGACCUUGCCGCAUGCAGGCGUUCGCAAGACAGGGAGGCAAAUGGAGGAAAGCAACGCUGUUCGCAGUUUCCAGGGACGGAAGCGACUGCGAGAAGCCCGCUCUCUUUCGACGGAGAACCCUUCGCCCCAUUUGCCUGCCGCGUGUGAGAUGCAUCGCACGCCUCGGGAAGGGGUAGACGCCUUGGUGUCGCUUCGGCGACUGUCUAGCGUCGUCGAACUGACGCUUGAUAGGCAGAUGCAGCGAAUGGGCGACCGGGACGGGGUUUCUGACCAGGGUGCUCCGUCUGAUGGAGAGCGUGAGACCUCAACAACUCGCUGUUCGCCGAGCCCGGGCAAGGGGGAAGGCCCCGAUCUUAACAUCGCCGUGGAAGUCUUUUGUGCCGCCGACGUCGGCGCGCGAUUGUCGAGGAGCCUGCUCGAGAGAACCUUGUACGACCGACGGUACUGCAGCCGGUCUUCACUGAGGAGGCCGAGCAUUCUAGCUGACGCCCGUAGGUUUCGGACGGCUUCUUCUCGGUCAGCUUUUUCGUGUCUUGAGAGGGGUGCCCAAAAGCAGCGACGUCCAAAUCGAGGAACUGCGUACCGUAUUGUUGCCUCACUCCACCGCCGAUUCGAGCUCUGCCGGCGCCUGGCUGAGCUGCAUCUGCAGCAGGCGGUAGAAGAGGCGGGGCCUCUCCUUUCUGACGCGUCACUUGCGCGCAUUGUUGCGCAGGCAAACGCCAGUCGUUCGGCGAACGAGAUCGAGACGGUGAAUUCGGGCAGUGGUCAUCCAACACCAUUGGACCCGCGUUUUCCUGUCGGCGACGGCAAACGGGAGAAAAACUCCCAGCUGUUCCGUAGUGAACGGCAGUCCAUUCAUGACUGGCUGGUUCCCCACGUGAUUCGUGUUUGUCCCUUACAUAUGUCCGCGCUCUACUUCCAACUGCUCGUCGGCGAAUUCGCGGCGCGUUGCUGGCAGACAGGGUGUGGUCUGGCUGCGGGCCGCUCCCGGUGGAAGCAUGCCGUUGGAUGUGAGUCGGGUUUUGUAAAGGAUUCGCGUGCAGCAGAUGCCUCCGGAAGCGAAGGCGUUCGUGUGGCCUUGGGGAGUAGGGAGAGCGCAGAGGAGUCGCAGUUGCCGCAGUCGAGUCUGAACGCCUCCGUGGGAGACGGGCUGAGUGUGCAUGCGCUGCGCAUUGCGUGCCAUGUACGGCAGCGGCUCGAUGGAAUCCGGCGGCAGCUGGAGAGGCAAUGUCGUCUUUCUGAAGCGCAGCAAGAAAGGGUUCUCAUCUCACUGCCGCAGUUUCAGCAGCACAACGAGGAGCUCAUUCUCCGCGACACAGACUUGGACUUCACUCCCUUCGGGAAACUCUUCAAUUUGAGAGAGCCGAGAUGCGGGGUUAGAACCAGUCGCGAUGUCCUCGCAUUGAUCAAAGUGACGAAUCAACAUGUCAGCCGAGCUAUGGCGUGUGUUGCCACCCUCCGGUCUUCUCUGGAGCUGCUGCUUGGUCCCCUCCAGGAUGACGGAGACAGUGACCCGAGCGCGAACUCUGACGGCGGCAUCAGCAUCCCCGGUGGACAAAACAGUGAGGAAGCGCCGGUCACUCGCCGCGCAGUGGGUUGUCUGCGGGCGGCUGCGCCCGAGGAUGAAGAGGACCAGCUGAGAAGGGAGGAAGCAACGUGCACCAGGGGGCGGAGAAGGGACGGCUGUCGAGAGGUUGAGGCCAAGGAAAUUCGCGACAGAAUUCGCAAACGCUGCCACGAGCUGCAGAAGCUGACGGAGGCUCUCGCGCGCAGCUCGCGCCGAUGCCUGUACACAGUAAUUGUACAGAUGCCCGUGCGCCGAAAGGCGUGGUUAGGGCCGUGCCAGGGUGAAGUGGAAUGGGCGACUCAGCAGGCCCUCGCAAUGUUGGCAGCUGAUACGGCAAGUGAUCAAAGAGAGGUCUCCGGGAUGCUGGAGUCUCCUGAGAAAGGGGAAGGACGGCUGGGCAGCGCUGCGAAGAGCGAUGCGGUUCAAGACGUUGCUCCGGAACAUGCUGCUGGUUCGGGCCUCGCAGGCAGCCAUGAAAAGACAACCGGCCGGGGCACUGCCGACGGAAAUCCCACACUGUCCAGAAUGGUAGAGAUGAAAGCUAUCAUUGAGCGCCUGCAGCCGGAAACAGGCAUCGUGGCAUGGGAUCUGCGAAACCCGCCCCGUGUUGUGACGGCGAGGGGAAGAGGCGGCCUCGGAGGAGACCGUCAUCGUCGAUGGCGCAGUGUAGAGCACUCGCUGGGAGAGAACGAGAUGUUGGUAGCAGAUGGGAGUUUCGUUGGCGCAGUUCCCGGCAUAUUUACACGGCUCGGGAGAAAACAGAAGUCGGAGGCAGCAGCGCCAGCGAAGGAACAACACCAAGAACAGUCUGGUCACGCGUUGCAGAGCGCCGUGAAUGGAGAGAGCGAGACACCUACAGCCACCGUGACGGGGAAAAGGGAUCGGUUUAUGGUGCAGGCAGGCGCCAAUUAG